AGAGCAAAAUAUAAAUAGCGUUUGUUCUUCUCUAGCCCAGCUUUAAUGGCGUGAGAAGGUACGAAGGGAGAGUGUGUAUAUAUAUUUCUACGGUUCUUAAAGUAACCGUAUGUGAUCCCUUCAAUCUUUGCAUGCUUCACCAACUCUUCACAAAAGAAAACCCAAAACCCAAAAUGAAAUUAUUUUGAUAUCAAUGAAAUGCAAUUUGGCAAAACAAUAUUUUCUUCUGUUUGGUUUCCAUCAUCACUCAAAGAGAACCAACCACCCCCCCUUUAUUUUUCCUAUUUUCCAAAUUCUGAGCAAAAACCCAGAUGAUAAAAAGUGGUAAUCUCUUCUGGGUAUUUGUUAUUUAAGUCUGUUUCAAUUCAUAUCUGAUGUGGGUAUUUUGAUUGUUUCUUCUUGUUGUUUUGUUUUUUUGUCUAUUUUGGUUGGUCGGUUUUCUUUUUUGUCUGUCUUGUUUUUCUUGAUGUUGGAAGCAACAGCUGAGAUUGGGAAGAAGAAGAACAGAGGAAACAUGAAGGAUGAUGAGGAGCUUGAAAUGUUGUUGGAUGAGAUCCCUCAUGCAACAUCACAUAAUCUUCAUCAUCAUCAUCAUCUGCAUCAAAAAAUUGAUAAAAAUCAUGUGAAUGGGUCAUUUCAUGGCAUGUGUGGUCUUAUGUAUGAUGAUGACCCAUCAGGUUAUUAUUAUAAGCAUACAUGUGCUUCCCCUGUAAGCGGUUUCUCUUUACAAUCAGAUGGUUCUUCCUCAAGUUUGGUUUCUAACAAUGGGCUGUCUUUAUCUGACAAUGGAUCACCAACGCCACCUCCACGAGAAGACCUUAAGCCACACUUGCCUAAUGGACUACUCGUGGAUUCAGCUAUUAGGAAAAAGGCCAGUAGUGACGGCUUGAUUGCUGAACUGGGUCUUUGUAGAAAUCUUAGUAAAGUGUAUUUUAGUAAUGAUCAACAGAAUGCGGCUUCUAGUUUUAGAGAUUUUUCACUUGAAUCCAACGGGAUUCAACUUUUUGAUCAAAUCAAUGUUGAGAAGUAUGCGGUUUGUGACAAACUGAGGAAGGGGUCUUCUGAUUGUGUGGGAUUUCAGUCCCCUGUUCCAGCGACUGUUCCAAUGAGUUUCGAUGUUGGGAUGAAUAUGGCAUUUUCUGGAUUGCCCCAGCAGGAAUAUAGGAUGAAUAAUUUAUUGGGGUCUCAAUUUUAUCCUGGUUGUUCGGAUGCUUUGUUUUCUCAGCAGGAAAUGAAUUGUUGGAAUGGUGCAAUGAGAUCUCCUUGGCAGAAAAAGGAGCAGACGUGCAAUUAUCACCACAGAGGAAAUUCUGUAUCGAAUUUAAGCACUUCUUUGAGUAAGCUUUCUGUGACUGAUGCUUUAGUCUAUGGACAACGACAUGGUCUGAGUUGGAAUGACGAAAUAGGUGAGCUGAAUUUCCCUGGUUCUCCCAGGUUGAUUCAAGCAAGCCCUCAUGCAAGUGUUGAAAAUCUGUUACACCAUGGGCUGCCACUAGCCAAUGGAAUGGCUAGAGCACAUUCAAACAUUAGAAUCCCACAUGGAGGUCUUGAGGCUUUUACUAGUGAGGAUAGUUUCAUUAUUCAAGGAGAGGGUUUAAAUUAUGUGAUUAAUAAGGGGCUUGAUCGUUCAAGAGGGCAAAACAAGGGCUUACUGCAUGAGGUUGGUGUGAGUAAGCAUCUAGAAAGAAGGCCACAGCUUGAUGGUUGGUCUCAUAUUACAGCAGCUUGUGGAAAUACUAAGAAUGCUAAGUUAUAUAAUCCCUCCUUGCCACCUAAGUGUAACUCUUUGGCUGAAGCUCGUGGGUACAUAUACUUAAUAGCAAAAGAUCAACAUGGCUGCAGAUUUUUACAGCGGCUAUUUGAUGAGGGCACCCAGCAGGAUGUUCAAUUAAUAUUUAAGGAGAUCAUUGAUCAUGUAGUUGAACUUAUGAUGAAUCCUUUUGGGAAUUACCUCAUGCAGAAGUUAUUGGAAGUUUGUAAUGAAGAACAGAGGAUGCAGAUUCUGCUAAUGGUUACUGAAGAACCAGGGCAGCUUGUCAAAAUAUCUCUAAACACUCAUGGCACUCGUGUGGUUCAAAAGUUGAUUGAGACUCUCAAAACCAGGCAGCAAAUUUCACUAGUUAUAUCAGCCCUUGAGCCUGGCUUUCUAGCUCUCAUCAAGGACCUGAAUGGAAAUCAUGUUGUACAGCGUUGCUUGCAAUGUCUUAGCAGUGAAGAUAACAAGUUUAUUUUUGUUGCUGCUGCAAAGUAUUGUGUUGAUAUUGCAACUCAUCAACAUGGCUGUUGUGUUUUGCAACGAUGCAUUAGCCAUUCAACAGGGGAAUAUCGAGAAAACUUGGUUGCAGAAAUAUCCGCCAAUGGGCUUCUACUUGCACAGGAUGCAUAUGGAAAUUAUGUUGUUCAGUUUAUCUUGGAGUUAAAAAUCCCUUCUGCCACUUCAGCUUUGAUUUCUCAAUUUGAAGGGAACUACGUGCACCUCUCAACACAGAAGUUCAGCAGUCAUGUGGUCGAAAAAUGUCUUUUGGUAUCAAAUGAUGAGAGCUGGUCAAGAAUCAUUCAUGAAUUGCUAUCUUCAGCUCACUUCGAACAGUUGCUACAAGAUCCACAUGCAAACUAUGUUGUGCAAACUGCUCUACGCGUGUCUGAGGGACAUCUGCACAAUUCACUCGUUGAAGCAAUUGAGUCCCAUAAAGCAAUUUCGCGCAACAGCCCAUAUUCCAAGAGAAUUUUCUCUCAGAAGCUUCUGAAGAAGUGAUGUACAUUCUCCCUGUCUCUGAAAGAAGCAGUGUUGUUGUUUUGUGUCUCUCAUAGUCUGUUUUCUACCGUCACAAAAAUUGUUAUCAAUGUAUGGUAACUGGGUUUAACCAUAAAGGCUCAUGCCUAUAACCAGAGGAAGGGUUUUGUCUUCUCAAAGUGCAUGGAAAUGCAUUUCAUGUGCUCAGAAGAAUGUAAAAGAUAAAGCAAUUUGCUUCAAGUUGCUUAAAUUUUGGACAUGUAUUAUUUUGUUGUCAUGUUGAUCUCUAUGCAUUGAAGAUUACCAUCCUUAUUUUCUUUGCAAGUCUCACUUUAUGAAGUUGCACAGUGUAUAGAAUGUUAGGAUUUUGAUUCCAGCUGUACAAUACAAACGUGGAUGCCUUUUUAAUAUUAUAUGCAGGAGAAUGGAUGAUGCAUUA